AUGAUAGAGAUCUAAAAAAUUAUUAAGUCAACCCCAGGUGAUAAUUCGAAUAAGACUACCUAGAAUAAAGUCAACCACUCAACUAAGCCUAAUAAUAAUUCGGAAGUGCAAAAGGACUUUCUAAAAUUGUAAGCAAUACUUGAUUCAAAACCUAAAUCUGAUAAAACUUCGAAAUCUAAUGCUCCUCCUAAGGUGCAGCAACAAAAAAUCCCCGAAUUAAAGAUCAAAGAGCAAAAUGGACAGAAACAAAAUAAUAAUGUGAUAAACAAAAAGCAUCCUGAAUAGAAAAAAUAAACAAAUGAGCCUAUAGUAAAGCAAAAGGAUAAUGAAAAAAUCAAAUCAAAACAUGAGAUUUCUAAAUUUGAAAACAUUUAAAAGCAAAUUAAAACCAACCCUCAAUAAAUACCAAAAUAGAAGGAAGAGAAGGAAUCUUCUUAUUAGCCAUUAAAAAUACAUAAGCCCUUGAUCAAAGAAAAGGUUGCUUCGAAAGAUGAAGAUGAAUUAAAUGAGAAUGGAAAUCAGAUUGUAAUCUAAAAGAAAAAUCAGCCAAACACUGAGAAGCAGGAAUUGCCAAAAAAGAUUCAUGCAGAAGUCCAAAAAUAAGCAGCUCCUUCAAUUUCAGGACCGUCUAAUUAGUCAACAUAAUAAUAAUAGUAACCUAAGAAGGAUCUUGGAGAUCUCAAGUUAAUGGAAUUAUUAUAAAAUUCAUCCAAAACCAAUACGAAGAAGAAGAGCAAAAAUAAAGAUUAGAAAGAGCAAGGAAAACUAAAGGAUUCAAAACAUUAAAGCCAAUAACCAAAUUCAUCUGUGAAAAAGGACAAAAUCAAGGAUUUAUAGAAUUAAAAAUCAAAGCCUUUUCCUAUUAAACCAUAAAUCAAAGACUUAAGCAUGUAGAAAAUCAAUAAACAAAAGAACUUAGUUAAUGAUGAUUAUGAUUUGAAUGAUUCCUUUAUAAAUGAUUCGGAAAGUGUAGACGUGGAGAUAGAUCCAAAUGAAAUAGUCAGCGAAUUAAAAAAGUUACAAAGGUAUUUCUUGAGUUUAAAUGUGUAGAAAAAAGGAAGGAAGAAAGUAGAGCGAUUUCGAAGAUGAUAUUGAAGAGGCAGGGUUCGACAUCAUGUAGAAAGAGGAGAAGAAAUCCAGAGUCUUGGGAAUUAUAGAUGACUACAGAGAAGAGAAGUACAUAAAGAAGGAGAUAAAAAAAGAGAAAAAACAGAAAAAAAAGUUGUUGGAAAUGAAAAAUAAAUAAGAGAAUAAAAAAGACUGAUGAG